AUGGCAUCACUAGGAUAUACCGACUUUGAUGCACACAUGACACAAUCUACGGGAAGACGCACAAGCAUAAACGUUAUAGUCUUGUGGAUGACUACCAUCACAAAUUUGCCAAAUGGUUAUACGAAAAUUCCAUGUGGUGAGUUUAAAGCUCAAGAUAUGAUACGCCGCGGGGGAUUGACGCAUCCGUUCCAAGAUAGCAAGAGCAAUGUGCACGUGGGCACAUUAUCGUUUCCGCCAGCACCCCUGGUUCCGAAUUAUUUUAUGCACGGAGGAGUAACACUGGCAUUGCGCUCAUCUCCAUAA